CGCGAUAAAUAUUCAGACCCUCCCCUGUUGACUCUCCAGCACCCUCUGCAUUCUACGCAAGAGACCGCCGAAUACCUGACAAUGGCUCUCUGUGCGGAUCCUGAGGGGUGGGGUGUCAUUUCGCCAGUUUACUACAACUUCACAGUAUGCUUCUCGGACACGGUCUUCCCUCUCGUCCUCGGGCUGGGACUUAUCUCCCUUGCGCCGUUUGAUCUCCGCGCCAUCGAGAGGUCUCCAGAGGUGCACAUUCGAAAGAGUGUGCGCUUCUACGGCGUUGCUGUCUUGCUAGCGAUUAUCGCAUUCAUGCAGCUCAUCUAUGUCUUUGCUCUAAGAACACUCGCCGGCAGCUGGAUCGACAUCCGGAUCUGGUCGGCGUCUAUCUAUCUUGCCUCUGUCGUUCUCGCAGGGUACAUCCAGUACAGAGAAUACUAUCGGGCUAGGAUCUCAAGCGGCACUGUGCUUUUCUUUUGGCUUUUUAGUGCGCUCACGGAGUUUGCGCGGUUGUAUGGCAUGGUCCAGCGACGCGUGUGGGUCAGAAACGAGACUAUCUUUGUCUCGCUGCUGCUCUCCUUCAUCUCUGCCGUCGCCCUGCUUUUAGUGGUCACGCUCGUGCCGAAACCUAUGUCGCAGUACGAAACUCUCGCAGACGAAACCGACAACUCGCCAGUCGGCAAGGCUGACAUUUUCUCUCGCCUCACGUUCUCCUACCUUACCGAACUAAUAUACCGCGGCUAUAACGACUAUCUCACCGAGGACGACCUCCCGGACCUGCCAAAAGCGAACCGCACCGAUCAGUCCCGCAUCGACUUUGAAAAGUCGUGGAAGGAGGAGAAGAAAGCGCCGCAGCCGUCGCUGGCUCGAACUCUGGUGGAAUGCUUUGGGCUGCAGUAUCUCGUUGGCGUAUCCUUCAAACUUACGGCAGACGUGCUGUCGAUCAUGCAGCCGACCUUGCUUCGUCGACUGAUCCUCUUCGUCAACUCGUACAACGACGACGAGCCCGUGCCGCUCUCGGGAGGAAUCUUGAUUGCGAUCGGGAUGUUCACGUGCUCGUUCGGACAGGUGCUGUUUCAGCAGCAGUAUCUCUUGAACGCGUUCAAUACGUCUAUGAAUAUCAAGUCGGCGCUGCUGGCGCUGAUUUACCGAAAAGCAAUGUAUUUGUCAAACGACGGGCGGCAGGCAAAGUCGACUGGCGAUAUUGUGAAUCUCAUGAGCGUCGAUGUAGCGCGCUUGCAAGAUAUCGCGCAGUCGUUCCACGCGCUCUGGUCUGGACCGUUUCAGAUCAUUCUCUGCCUUUACAAUCUGCACUCACUGGUCGGGAACAGUAUGUGGGCCGGCGUUGCGGUCACGCUUGUGACAAUGUCGCUCAACGCAUUCAUUGCCAGAAGACUCCGGGCACUGCAGAAGCGUCAGAUGAAGGUCAAAGACAAACGCGCUCGUCUCACGGGUGAGAUUCUGGUCUCAAUCAAGUCCAUUAAACUUUAUGCCUGGGAAGAGUCCUUCAUCGAGCGACUCAGUGAGAUCCGAAACAACCAGGAGCUCAUGAAUCUCCGCACGCGAGGAAUGUACAACGCCGUCUCGAACUUCAUCGGCUCGUGCGCCCCGUUCAUCGUGUCGUGCUCGACCUUUGCGGUGUUUGUUUGGACCUCGGGAAAGCCGCUGUCGACCGACCUUGUCUUUCCGUCGCUGACACUCUUCAUCAUGCUUUCGAAUCCAUUGACGCUGAUCCCGCAGGUUCUCACGCAGCUUAUCGAGGCUAUGGUGUCUAACGGCCGCCUGCGUGAGUUUCUGUUGACGUCUGAGCUCCAGCAAGAUGCAGUUAAGCAUCUUGACGCCGCGACCUCGCCAGGACAGACCGCUGCCGAGAUCAAGAACGGCACGUUUCAAUGGGACGAGGCGGGGAGACACCCGCUCGCGCUCGAAAACGUAUCGUUCCAGGUUUCGGCCGGUCAACUUGCGUGUGUCGUCGGACGCGUGGGCGAUGGCAAGUCAGCGCUGCUGCAAGCUCUCCUCGGCGAUCUGUACAAGAAAGCAGGCUCGGUGACUGUGCGCGGACACGUCGCGUACUGCUCGCAGGUGCCGUGGAUCAUGAACGCGACGGUGAAAGACAAUAUUCUGUUCGGCAAGAAGUUCGAGGCCGAUUUCUACGAAAAGACAGUGCGUGCCUGUGCGCUUGUCGAGGAUCUGACUACGCUGCCUGAUGGCGACGAGACUAUUGUCGGCGAAAAGGGAAUCAGUCUUUCCGGAGGCCAGAAAGCGCGGUUGGCGCUCGCGCGGGCUGUCUACGCUCGAGCGGAUGUUUACAUUCUGGACGAUCCGCUGAGUGCGGUGGAUCAGCACGUCGGUCGGCAUCUGAUUGAUAACGUGCUCGGACCGACGGGCUUGCUUGCGUCGCGGACUAAGAUCUUGGCUACGAACGCGAUCGCGGUGUUGACGCAGGCGGACAGUAUCACGAUGCUGCGAAAGGGUCGCGUUAUCGAGACGGGGCUGUAUCGGGAUGUGAUGGGGACCGAUAGCGAGAUUAAAAAGCUGAUUGAUGAGUUUGGUCUGGAGCGAACUGAGGAGCUGCCGGAGGAGACUGCGAGUAAGCAGCAGAUUGAAAAGUCAGAUCCACUGGCAAGCGAUAGCGAGGUUGAAGAAGAAGAGAUUGAGGAGUUUUACGCCGGUGGCGGGCCGUUGGUGGUUGGUAUGCCGCUGCGGAGAGCGAGUACCGCGAGUUUCAGGAAGCCAGAUUUAAUGGACGAGCUUCCGAACCGGCGAUCAAGACAAGAGGCCGAGCAUGCUGAGAAAGGACAGGUCAAGUUUGGGGUGUACAAGGAGUACAUCAAGGCCGCGAACUUGAGGGCGGUGAUUGUGUAUCUGCUCUUGCUGGUUGCAUCGAACUGCUUGUCUGUCGGAGGAAACGUAUGGCUCAAGCACUGGUCGGAGGUGAAUACCCGGUUUGGCGGUAAUCCGCAGACGACAAAGUAUUUGAGCGUGUACCUGUUCUUUGGCGUCACGGCCGCGUUGCUGACGCUGAUCUACACGCUCGUGCUGUGGAUCUUUUGCACGAUCCGCGCCGCGCGCACGUUGCACGACCGCAUGCUUCUCCGCGUGAUCCGCUCGCCAAUGUCGUUUUUCGACACGACCCCCGUCGGCCGCGUGAUCAACCGGUUCACGGCCGACAUCAGUCGCAUAGACGAGGUGCUCGCGCGGGUGUUUUCGAAUUUCUUUACAAACAGCUUGAAAGUGUUUUUCGCGCUCUUUGUCGUCUCGUCUGCGAACCCGUCGUUUAUAGUGUUUAUGAUCCCGAUCGCUUGUUUGUAUGUCUAUUACCAGAAACUGUACAUGCGCACGUCGCGCGAACUCAAGCGGUUUGAGUCGAUCUCGCGGUCGCCGAUCUAUGCGCACUUCCAAGAAAGUCUGAACGGCGUGAGCACGAUCCGCGCGUUCGAGGAAGUCAGACGGUUCAACCGCACGAACGAGUACCACAUCGACUUCAACAACAAAGCCUACCACCCGUCGAUGAUUGCGCGGCGCUGGCUCGCGAUCCGGAUCGAGUUGCUCGGAAGCACAAUCAUCUUCCUCGCCUCGUUUCUGUCGAUCAUGGCGGUCGCGUACGGGCAUCUUUCGUCGGGACUGGUGGGGCUGACGAUGUCGUAUGCGCUGCAGACGACGCAGUCGAUGAGCACGAUCGUGCGGAUGACGGUCGAGGUCGAGAUCUCGACGGUGUCGGUCGAGCGGAUCUUGGAGUACUGCGAGUUGCCGACCGAGGCGCCGGCCGUGAUUCCGAAUAGUAGACCGCCGGCGAGAUGGCCUAGUGACGGCGUCGUUGCGUUCCAUGACUAUUCGACGCGGUAUCGACCGGGACUUGAUCUGGUGUUGAGAAACAUCAACAUGAGCGUGAACGCCAAAGAAAAGAUCGGGAUAGUAGGCCGCACAGGCGCGGGCAAAUCGUCGCUCACGCUCGCGCUCUUCCGCAUGAUCGAACCAGUCGGCGGCUUCGUGUCGAUCGACAAAGUGAACACGAGCAAAAUCGGCCUGAAAGACCUACGCGAGGGUCUCGCGAUCAUUCCGCAGGACUCGCAGGCGUUCGAGGGUACGGUGCGGGAUAACAUCGAUCCCGGCCGUCGGUUCUCAGACGCGGAGCUGUGGAACGCGCUCGAGCUUAGUCAUUUGAAAGAGCAUGUGAGGGGUAUGGAAGGCGGGUUGCACGCGAUGGUGCUCGAAGCCGGAUCGAAUCUGUCGGUCGGGCAGCGGCAGCUGAUGUCGCUUGCGCGCGCGCUGCUGACGCCGAGUAAGAUUCUUGUGCUGGACGAGGCGACGGCGGCGGUGGACGUGGAGACGGAUCAGAUCGUGCAGGCGACGAUCCGGAAGGAGUUUGCGGACCGGACGAUUUUGACGAUCGCGCAUCGGCUUAAUACCGUGAUUGAUUCGGAUCGGAUCGUGGUGCUGGCGCAGGGGAAGGUGGUGGAGUUUGAUACGCCGGAGAGGUUGUUGAGGGAUAAGAAUGGGAUGUUUUAUUCGUUGUGUAAGCAGGGCGGGUUGGUUGAGUAGGGUGAGCAUCUGCAUGUGUGUAGUAGUGAGAAAUCAGAUUUAUGUACUUAAGCAUAUUCUAUAGUAAAUAGAAUCAAGGAAGAAAAACAAA